CCCCAUAUCCCAAUAAUAUUCCCUAACCCUACUCUGCAGAGGACAAACUGUACCUUAUAUGACAACCCAUAAACAGAGUGCUAACUGAACCACACAACCGUUGUAAACUAAACCUGGCUUAGUUUACCUCUUGCACAAUAAGAUUUAUAGGAUUUAAAAUGCAUAGUUUUCAGUACAAAAGUUGGAUCCAGCUUCAAAAAAAUCAAAGGUAACCAUGACAGACAGCUCAAGCGAAAAACUCCAUGCUAAGUGGCCUAAAAUCAGUACCCAAGAGCUCAGAACGCACAACAAUGUAGAUGAUCUAUGGCUUUCAAUCCAGGGCAAGGUCUAUGAUGUUACAAAAUGGGUGAACACUCAUCCUGGAGGGGAUCUGCCUCUGCUAAAUUUAGCAGGUCAAGAUGUAACAGAUGCAUUCAUUGCUUACCACCCUGGCUCAGCAUGGAAGUACUUAGACCAGUUCAUGAUAGGAGUUCACGAAGACUACGAGGUCUCAGAGAUCUCCAAGGACUACAGAAGGCUUUUGGGGGACCUAAAGAAGGCUGGGCUCUUCAAAAGGCCAAAAUAUGUGUAUGGCUUGAUAGGGUUGCUUAUGGUGGCAAUGCUGGUAAUGUCUGUUGUGGGUGUGCUGUUUUACGAGGGCUUUUGGACUCAUGUAGCUUGUGGGGUUCUGAUGGGCGCUGUUUGGACUCAGAGUGGAUGGAUUGGGCAUGAUUCGGGGCACUGUGGACUUGUGGGUAAUAAGAGAAUCGAUAGAAUUAUCCAGUUAGUUGCGGGGAACGGGUUGACAGGGAUCAGCAUUGCAUGGUGGAAGAGAAAUCACAAUGCCCAUCAUAUUGCCUGUAAUAGUUUGGAGUUUGAUCCAGAUCUACAGUAUAUUCCCCUGUUUGCCGUCUCAUCCAGGUUUUUCUGUUCUCUGUAUUCCUAUUUUUAUGAUAGGAAAAUGAGUUUUGAUGGUGUGGCUAGGGUCCUUGUUUGUUAUCAGCAUUGGACUUUUUACCCUGUGAUGGCAAUUGCGAGGAUUAAUUUAUUUGGACAAUCGAUUGUCUUGCUUCUUUCUAAGAAGAAAAUUCCUGACAGGGCUAAGGAAAUCGUGGGGCUUGUGGCUUUUUGGAUUUGGUUUCCAUUAUUGAUUUCAUGUAUGCCCACUUGGAGUGAGAGAUCAGCUUUUGUGUUGUCAAGCUUUAUGGUCACUGGUGUUCAGCAUGUUCAAUUCUGUUUAAAUCAUUUCUCUUCUAGUGUCUAUGUUGGGAGGCCUUGCAGUAAAAAUUGGUUUGAAUCUCAGACCAAGGGGACACUUGAUAUAUCUUGUUCCCCUUGGCUGGAUUGGUUUCAUGGAGGAUUGCAGCAUCAGGUUGAACAUCAUCUCUUUCCAAGGUUGCCUCGUCACAACUUGAGGAAGAUUGCUCCUUUUGUGAAGCCUCUCUGUUUGAAGUACCAGUUGCCAUACACAAUGGUGACAUUCUGGGAGGCCAAUUUGAUGACUAUCAGAACCCUGCGAGCUGCAGCAUUGGAAGCUCAAGACAUGUCCAAACCAGUUCCAAAGAAUUUGUUAUGGGAGGCUCUGAAUACCCAUGGAUAACAGCAAUGGUAGUUUAUUAAUGUUAGUAUUAUGGCCUUUGUUUUCACACUAGCGUGUGUGCUUAUUAUGCUGUGUUUAGUUUCUGGUGGCCUCUGAUUCAGUGCUAUUAAAAAAUAUUUUUCUUGUGAUAAAAUCCUUAUUUUUCUUGUAAUGAGAUAAAUUCAAUCUAAAAGUUAUAUUUGGAGAA